AUGAGCUAUCCGAAGAAGAAAAAGGGGUACUCAGACGUAGACCUUCCCACAAAUCCCAAUUUACCAGCGUGGAUAAUAACACCAAAAGAAGAGAAAGCAAUUUUUGAACGAUGGAGAAAGAAAACUUUUGCCAAAUGUGAUGAUUUGAUUAGGAGGUAUAUUGAGUGCUCAAACCUGUAUGCCAAUCCCCUUGAAGCUAUGGAAAAGUGCAAACAAGCAAACCAGGCCAGUUUGGACUGUGUAGCUCAAUAUCAGAAACAAGAGUACUUGGAUCAAGAACGAGAUUUGUUUAUAAAGGAAAAGAUUGAAAAGAAGAAGUUGUAUAAGCAAAAAUUGAAAGAGUUGCAGGAACAGAAAGAAGGUAAAGAAAUAUGA